AUGCGCAGCAUUCUCGUCACGUUCCUCGGCCUCGUCGCCGCCUCCGUCGCACAGGCUGCUUUCACCGGUCCCUGCACCGACACCGCCUGCGGCGUCGAGAGCGAGAACUGCGAGGCUCAGGGCCGACAGUGCUUCCCCUUCCCCAACACCGCCCCAGCACUCCGCGAAGGCUGCGUGGCCGAGAAGCUUAUUGUGUGGUACACGUGGUGA